GAUGGCCUAGCAGGCAGUGAGGUCAGAGUGUUUGUGAGGUCGGCUACUGUCCAGGGCUGCCCGGGGGCCCUGGGGGCCAGAGUAGGUGGCUGCAAGUAGAUCAGGAGUCCCUAGGGGUCCCCCAGCCUGAGCCAUGGAGACCUGGGAGGGACUACCCAGCGUUUCCUUGGUGCCCACAAAUCCCAAGGCCCCUCAGAUGUCGGCGCAGGACAGCUGCCUCAGCCUCAUCAAGUACCUCCUCUUCGUUUUCAACCUCUUCUUCUUCGUCUUAGGCAGCCUGAUUUUCUGCUUUGGCAUCUGGAUACUCAUUGACAAGACCAGCUUUGUGUCCUUUGUAGGCCUGUCCUUCAUGCCCCUGCAGAUCUGGUCCAAGGCCCUGGCCAUCUCAGGAAUUCUCACCAUGGGUCUUGCUCUCCUGGGCUGUGUGGGGGCCCUGAAGGAGCUCCGCUGCCUCCUGGGCCUGUAUUUUGGGAUACUGCUGCUCCUGUUUGCCAUGCAGAUCACCCUGGGAAUCCUCAUCUCCACUCAGCGGACCCGGCUGGAGCGGAGGGUGAAAGACAUCGUGAUGGAGACCAUCCAAAACUACCGCGCGCACCCGGAGGAGUCGGCUGCGGAGGAGAGUUGGGACUACGUGCAGUUCCAGCUGCGCUGCUGCGGCUGGAACUCCCCUCGGGACUGGUUCGGUAUUCCCAGCCUCAGCAGCAACGAGUCAGAGGUGCACCGCGUGCCCUGCUCCUGCUAUAAUUCAUCGGCGACCAACGACUCCGCCAUCUUCGAGAAGCUCUCCUUCUCCCAGUUCAGCCGGCUCGGACCACUGGCGCGGCCCCGCCACAGUGCAGACCUUUGCGCGGUCCCCGCAAACAGCGAUAUCUACAGCGAGGGUUGCGCGCGGAGCCUCCAGAAGUGGUUGCACAACAACCUCAUCUCCAUAGUAGGCAUUUGUCUGGGCGUCGGUCUACUUGAGGUGAGUGUGGCGGGGCUGAGCCUGCUGCUACUGCGUAGGGCGCUCCGUCGGGAGCGCCAGCUGCAGGUGCCGGACGCCUAUGGUUCGAGCCCCGGCCUUGGCCCCAGUGCUGAUGGCGGCGGCGGCGGGCGCUGUGGUGUGCUGAGCAACAGCGGGCGUAGCGGCGGUCUGAGGGGUGGCUGGGCCAUGGCAGAUGCCUGUCCCAACUGGGGGGACAAGUGCCCACAGGGCAAGCUGCCCAUGGCCCUGGGGCCCUGGCCGCUUUGGGAUCAAGACGAGGAACAACCUGAGAACGGGAGCGCGGAGGUGGAGGUCGAGGUGGAACUAGCGGUCGAGGGAGAGGGGGAGACAGAUGAGCCUCCGGAAUAAAGUAGCCUGGGCUAGUUCCGGAUCUCACUCCUUCCCAGACUAAAUCUGCGCUAGACGCAGCCGGGUACCCCUACCCCACCCUAUUCCCCUUCUUCCCAUCUUCCCACUCCCUCGUAUCUUUGGUAACUAAACCCAAGCCCCCAAAUUCCCAUCCCUGAUCCCAUCUUUCACAACCUGGCCCAGCUCUCCCUCUAGCCCCCCGCUUCUACUCCCUUCGCCCCUAAUCACCCCGCCUUGCUUUAUUUUUAUCCCCUGGCCCCACCCCUUUUUUCUCCCUCGGGACCCCCAUUCCCCCGAUCCCCAUCCCUCUAGCCAACAUCCCCUGGACCUCUCUGACCAGGUCUCCUU